AUGUUCAAGGCCAUGAGGCUCCAGGCGCUGGUAUGCCUUUUGCUGGCCCUGCAAGUGGCCGCCACACACCACUUUCAUCUACUGAGACGAGAUGAUGCCUCCGCGCCUUCGACGCCUUCCGCUUCAAUUUCUGGUUCAAAGCCAAGUUCACAGCCAAUGCCACAGCCCUCUGUUACCAGCGAGCGGCACGAAGACAGCAAGCAGACAGAUGUCUCGAAAGAAUCGACGACCACAAAAGCUCCUCACAGCACUACAGCAUCCUCAACACCUACAGCUCACACCACAGCCACGGUUCCAUCGCAAACUCCUCUGAGUAAUUCGACAUUGUUCAACACAACGAUUCCUGCCGGCCAAUUGCCCAUUAAGCCCGUCAUAACUCCAGGAUGGGGCGUUGCCGGCGCCAUUUUGUUACUUACCGGGGCUCUCUAUACCAUUAUUGGGCUCAGAAAUCAAUGGAUCAAUUGUUUCUUCUCGACUGCCUAUCUCACCUCUCUCGGAAUUACGGUUCUUGUUGUCUAUCUCAUGAAUGUCCCUGUUAGCUUGGCUGUUCAGGGAGCAUAUGUCGUUGCUGUUGUUCUGUCUGGCUGUGUGCUAGGAGCAGCAUCCCUCAUCUUCAAAGAGCUUACUGAAGGCCUGGGAUGCGCUCUAGGAGGCUUCAGUUUCAGCAUGUGGCUUCUUUGCUUGGCGCCAGGAGGCCUGCUGCAUGAUACGGUAGGCCGAGCAGUUUUCAUCUCGUGUCUUUCUGUUGCCGGUUUCGCCCUCUCUUUCAGCUCCUACACUCGAGAUUGGGCCAUGAUUAUCCUCAUGUCUUUCGGAGGCGCAACAGUAAUUGUAUUGGGUAUUGACUGCUUCAGUAGAGCCGGGCUUAAAGAGUUCUGGGCUUAUAUCUGGAACCUAAAUGGGGACUUAUUCCCCCUUGGUGCAAAUACCUAUCCCAUAACUAGAGGCAUCCGAGUCGAGAUUGCAGUAAUCGUUAUCAUCUGCCUCAUUGGGAUUGUCUGCCAGAUGAGGCUGUGGACAAUUGUUCGAGAUAGACGCAAUACAAAGGCUUUGAAGAUCGCGGAAGAUCAGAGAUGCCUUCAGCAAGAAGAAGAGAAUGUCGGUCGCUACAUUGGGCAGCAAACGGCGCGGGAACGAGUGGCCUGGGAAAAAGUCUAUGCAGGCAGAUUUAUUCCACACAGCAAUGGUAUGAGCACUGCCUCACACUACUCAUAUGGCACCGACAGCGGCAGCAAUAGCAAAAGACAACAAAGAGUCCAUUCUGAGUCGGUUUACACAGAAUCCAAGACUGAUGGCAUUGAGAUGACGGAAAUGUCAGAUUCAAGUGUAGUCCAAGCUGGAACUGAUGGGCUCAUGUCCAUGGAGCUGGCCAAGGAAGGCAAGAUCACGGUACGGGUAGCUGCAGACGAAGUAUUGGAGACGCCAAACGAGAGAGAGGGCAGGAUUACCGAAGAACAGUUUGAUGUCAUGUCAGAAUCAGGCGCGGGGGUUGUUGACCGUGACAGAAAUGGUUCACCAACAGCGGCCGCCAAAGAGAAGGAAAUUUCUCAAACAAACUCAGAGGGAAGACGAAACUCUCCGCAAAGAAACGUAACACCCGCGCCUCAGGUAGUCCCCUUGCCAUUUAAGACUCCGACAGAAGAUGAUUUGAAGUCAAUUGGCGAUCGAUCAUCUGUUGCGACAUUUGCUGCUGAUGACGAAGCUUUUGCGUCUGCGACUCCCAUUCGAAAUUCUCUCGUCAAAAGAGUUUCACAGAGCUCAGUAACGCUUCUGAGAAGCUUAUCUCAACAGAAGAAGAAAAGCACUUCUCCCGAACGCCAGCUAGAGACUGGCGAAAGCACUGAAGAUUUGGUUGAGCCAGCAGAAUCCGUCCAUGACGAUAGCAGAUCAUCCUUGGCAGCAACUGUCGAUUAUGAAAGCUUGAGUGAUUAUCAGAACGAUCAUGACUCAAUCGUCGAGGAUGAUACCCGAAAGAGUAUUGAGAUUACUGCAGAACUGGGCGAAACUGAAACAACUCAAAAUCCAGAGGAGGUGGAAGUCGAGACUGCAGCCGCGGAUGAUGUUGAGAAGCCAGAGGGAUUUAAACCUCAAGAAAUGCCAAGGGAAGAUCCAGGUGGCGAAGCACUUGAGAUAGAAACUGAACCAAAGGUGAAAUACGUCGGCGAUGAGCUAGAUAAAGGAGUUUCAGACGCCAAGGCUGAGAAUGAGGUUGGAGAGGAAGAGGCCCCAACAGCUCACGAACAAGAGCACACUGCAACUGCAGAUAGUACGACGGAAGGCAAGCUGCCCGAAUCUACUGAAAAAACCAAAUCUGAUUCUUCAGCAACUUCAGUCCCGGCGAACUUGACAAAAGACCGAUUACCUACAUCCAUGUCAAGAGCUGCCCUUUCUUAUAGGACGAAUGAAUGGGCUAAGCAUCUCGGUCACGCGGACACUCCUGAGCCUGACGCUAUUCAUAUCGAACCAUACGGGUCUGAGGUGGACAUGGAAGAAGUCCCCAGAUACGUCGAUGUGGAGGAUCUUCAAAUGAACAUUGCUGAUCGCACUUCAUAUGUCCCCCCUCAGCACUCAGAUUCUGGAUCAACACAAGCGUCUUCCAUGCAGUCAAAUGCAAAGGCAGUCAAAAAGCAAGCGCGUGUCUCCGAUAUUGUUGUUUCUCCGGCAAUGUCUGCGGAUGCCAUGAGCCCUAGCGGAAGUCCUAAAUCGCCUGCCAUGGACAUAGCCGGUCUCCAGCCAGCUCCUGUGGCCCUAAGACGUACAUCUUCAGGGUUUGAUCCGAUUGUUGAAGAGCAAGAGGGUGCCCAGGCUAACGAGCUGUCCCCCGAAGACAUUUCUCAUGAAGACGGCACCCAGCUGAAUCCAGCACCAUUCCGGCCGAUAGUGCCUCGUGUUGUGUCUUUUUCAAAUCCUCAUACCCUACUUGGUCAGAGAGAAUCGGUCCUACGGAGUCGAUCACAAGGCAAUCUCGUUGCCCACCUGGCCGACUACAACGUUGAUACACAGGGAUUCAUUGCUGACGCAGACUCCCUCCACAACUAUCCUAUAAACCAUCGAAUGGCUAGCCCCGAUCCCGAUGAACUUCCACUGAGUCAACGAAGGGAGAUUAUGCGCCAAAGCAGCAGGACAAACUUACCAGCUCCAAAUUACUUACCGCUCUCAAAUUAUAGACUGAAUCGCUCAAGCAGUGGAAUUGAAGUUUCCGGGAAUACGCUGUUUAAUUCUCAUCAGCCCAAGAGAAUAUCCUCUAUCUCUGCGAUAGCUCAAGAAACAAAACUCGCCAACUUCCGACAUUCGUUAGCUAGAGAUCUCCAAACAAUGACUCCUGGCAUUCCUCCUAAUUUCGGCCGUGAGACUCCUUUUGCGCCAACGUCUACUCUAAUUGACGACAUGGAUACGCAACGUAUUGUAAUGAUGGAAAGGAGGGAAGCGGAAAUACAGCGGAAGGAGAUGCAAAGGCGAGAAAAGGAGUGGAAUGAUCGAGUGUUUGAUGCUCGCAUGCGGAGCGGCGAUCUAUUAGACGCACACCGCGAAGUUAUACGGAAGAUGCAGAGCUCGGCGAAAGAUGCAUGA